AUGGCGCCCAUUGUCCUGCAGACGGAAGUGAACUGCAAGGGAUGCGUGAAGAAGAUCGAGAAGACCAUCAAGAAAAUGCCUGGGGUGACGGCGGUGAGGCCUUACGUCGGGGAGGGGCGGGUGGUGGUGGAGGGCACCGCCGACGCCGAGGCGGUCAGGGCGCGGCUCGAGAGCAAGCUGAAGAAGCCCGUCGUCAUCCUCAGCACCGGCGUCGAUCCGCCGCCGCCGCCGGCCGCGCCCGCCGCUGGUGCUUCUUCCCAGGCGGCGGCGCCGCCACCGCCGCCGCGCGCGACGCAUGAUGACUACGAGUACACGCCGUACAAUCGCCACCCGCCGCACUAUAACCCAUCCUACUUCAGCGACGACAACCCCAAAGGCUGUUGCGUCCAGUGA